UGAAAAUAUUGGGCUUAGUUUGGUCAUAUAAUUGGAUCGAUUUUGAGCCCAAUUAAAGCCCGCCGGUUAAAGCACAUUCAAACGACGUCGUAUGAAGUUUAUAUUCCCGCUGAAACUCGAGCGCCACCGGCGAUGAUGUCAUCGCCGGAGAAGCCAUGGGCAGAGAAGGUUUCAGAAGCAGUGAUGUCGGUCUACAAUUCUCUCCCCAAGAAAGGGAAGCCUCAAGGCCGCGAAGUCACCGUCUUAGCCGCUUUUCUGCUCUCCAGCCCUUCGCAAGGAUUACGCGUGGUGUCAUUGGGCACGGGGACGAAGUGUCUGGGGAGAUCGCGGUGGAGUUCGAGCGGCGAUGUCGUGAACGAUUCGCAUGCUGAAGUAAUCGCCAGGCGAUCUCUUCUUAGAUAUUUCUAUACAGAGAUUGAUUGCUUGGCAAAAAAUUAUAGGAAGCUUAGCAAUGAUGGAAGCGCGGCUUUGCCGAAUGAUGACAUGAUUGACGCAAUUUUCCAGUUGAGGGCGGAUAAAUCCGAGGGAGAAAAAUUUGAACUGAAACAUGGCUGGGAAUUGCAUCUGUAUAUAUCGCAAUUACCAUGUGGCGAUGCAUCUCUCAAUUCCCAGAUGUUCACUUCUAUUAGUAAUAAUUCUCUAGAGAAGCCUAACAAUGAAUGUCUCCAUUCGCAAGAGUCUCUACAGAAUGGUGCUUUUGUUCAAGUUCCCGGUACAGUUCACAGGAAGCCUGGUCGAGGAGAUACGACUUUGUCUGUAAGCUGCUCUGACAAGAUUGCUCGCUGGAAUGUUGUGGGAGUUCAAGGAGCUCUGCUUACCUGCUUCAUGGAGCCAAUUUAUAUUUCCUCUAUAAUUGUGGGGCAAUCGCAAUUUGACUCUGAAAAGAUUGUUGGAGACCAUCUAAGAAGAUCUUUAUAUGAGAGGAUCAUUCCACUGUCAAACAAUCUGACAAAACCUUUUAAAGUGAAUAAGCCAUGCUUUCAUGUUGCUCCAGUGCCACCUAAGGACUUUCAACAUUGUGAGACUGCUCUUGAAACCUUAACUUGCGGGUAUUCAAUAUGCUGGAAUAAAUCUGGCUUGCAUGAAGUCAUUCUUGGAACAACUGGCAGAAAGCAGGGAACCUCUGCAAAAGGUGCAUUGUUUCCAUCUUCACAGGCAUCUUUAUGCAAGAAGCGAUUGUUGGAGCUUUUUAUUUCACUCAAGCAAGAUCACCCUUCACAGUGCCGCACCAGGGAUCUCACUUAUCGAGAACUCAAGGACUGUGCCGAAGAAUACAGUGCAGCGUCAAAGGCCCUAAAAGCUAGCCCACAUUUUAGAAACUGGCUGGUGAAACCCCAAAACUUUGAGUCCUUCUCUUGCUAGAGGCGUUAUAACAGGAUGAUAUGUGUAAUUAGUUUUGCUGACAUGCUGUUAUUCAAAUCAAAUAAGAUGAUGAUAUGUUAUGCUGAAAAAUUAUGGCUCUGUCACUGCUUUUGAUU